AUGGAGAGCCAAAACGGACUGGGCAAGCUCUUGCCCAAGUCGCUGUCAGCGCGCCGCAAGCAACGAAGCAAGAAGAGCAAGUCUCCCGACGGGGAUUCAGCCGACGAUGCGACGAGAAAGGACCAGCGACCAUCAUCCAGCAGCAACCUGUCGCUGUACGUCGACGACCACAACGAUGAGCGCGAGUUUACGGACGAGGCUGAUGAUGGGAGCUUUGCAUCCUACGAGUCAAGCGCGGAUGCGAAUCGCAGUGGAGAACCUCCACGCCCGUCAUCUUCGUCGCGACCAGUUCGGCCCGUGCCCUCCAACCACCCGUCCCUGGUUGGCUAUCUCACGACUUCCUCACCCGCCGUUCAGGCCGCUCACCUCGAUUCGCCGCCCAAGAUUCGGCCCUCGUCGCGAAACAGCCGCAGCCCCUGGCGGAGGGGUAGCAAGAACGACAAGGCAGACACCCCCGACACUGUCUCGUCAGUCAAGUUUCCCGACCUGCCGGCGCCUGCCAGGCUAGCUGCCCCCGACCAGGAAACUCGGGGCAAGACCCCCAGCGUUGACGUCGACGUCCCGCGGACUCCUCCCAACAGCGACAAGCCCGGCCCCGUCAUUGUCAACACGCCACCCACGCCGACCGAAGCUGGCCUCGGUUUCGGCCAGGCUCUAACCUCUUCACCAGAGAAGCGCUCCACUGGCGUUGCGACCAGGAGCCCUGCCGAAACCGGGUCACCCACGCAAAACAUGAAUAUUCAUAGGAGAAGCAAGUCCGGAGGCGCUGCCAUUGGGCCGAGCAAGCUGUCCAACAUAACAUCGGCGCCACUGACACCAGGCGCGGAGGCAGAGAGCGGUAGCAUAACACCAAGUGCAACUGGCUUCUUCUCUUCUGUCAUAUCUGCUGCACAAAGUGCAGCGACGACUUUGAGUAACAAUAUCCCAGGUACCGGCAUUAGCAUGGGCGGACAAAAGAACAAAACGGCAAGCUUCAAAUCCCUAAGUGUUGAAGCCGUUGACCAGCUAGAGGACGAUAGCAGUGUCACUUCCCAGCAGAAUAAAGAUGAGAUGGUUCAGUCGCAUGGACGGGCCAUGCAACGCAGCUCAGCAAUCCAGACACUUGGUGCCGGGGAGCUGAGUCUCAGCCAACUCGGCCUGUCUGAUGCUCCCAGCAACGUCGCCAGUCCCGCCAGUGCUAGGUUCCCGGAUGUUGUCGAUACACGAGCCAGAUCCGAGUCGGCGCCGGUCGAACCCCAUUCGGAGCUACCAAGUGACGAGCCCGUAAGCAGGCCCCGAUCGGCCAUUGAAUCCGCCAACGACGAUGAUUUCGUACAAUCACAGACCGAUCUCGCUGGCCCCAACAGAAGCUCAAGCGUCCGAAGUGCAGUGAAGCCGCGUAGGAAGAGAGGCAGCUCCGUGACUACCGGUGCAACCAUCGGUGUUCCUGUGGGCGUACCACUGCAGUCAACACCGACCUUGGGUGCUCCCAAGCUCACCGGCUUUGCCAUUGCUAGCAAGAAGAGAAACCGCGACUUUCACUCAUUUUUCAAGAGCGUUCCCGACGACGACUAUCUGAUUGAGGACUACAGCUGCGCCUUGCAGCGAGAGAUUUUAGCCCACGGUCGUCUCUAUGUUUCCGAAGGUCAUCUUUGUUUCAGCAGCAACAUUCUUGGUUGGACAACGACGCUAGUCAUGAGCUUUGAUGAGAUUGUAUCAGUCGAGAAGCGAAGCACAGCAUUAGUCUUCAAAAACGGCUUGAUGAUUUCAACCCUACACGCCAAGCACAUUUUCGCAAGUUUCACGAGCAGAGACGCCACCUACGACUUGAUUGUCAACAUAUGGAAGCUGGGCCACCCUACACUCAAGAGCUCCCUCAACGGCGUCCAGCUCGAGGGAACAGGUGGCGACAAGACAGAAAAGGUGGAAGAUGAGCCCCAGGGCCUUGGCUUGGAGAAUGAGUCUCCCUUAGGCUCCGAGUCGGAAGAUGGCAGCGACGACGACGACGAAUUCUACGACGAGGAGGAGGACGGCGCUUUCGUCGACUCGCAGCUGACUGAGGUCAGUGCCAACGCAGAUGUGGACAACGACAAGGCCGUGAGUCGGAAAGUUUCUGCAAUGACUACGCUUAAUGGCGCAUCGGGGGAAAGCGCCAAGGACGCUCCAACCUCGCCGUCACCUGGCGGCGACUUCCCAGGUCCAGCAACACACGCACCGACAGAGUGCACCGACAGCGGUACACACUACGACAAGACUGUCGGCGACGACAUCAUACCCGCCCCACUAGGAAAAGUCUACAGUUUGCUCUUUGGUUCCGCAUCGGCGACGUGGAUGACCAAAUGGCUGUCGGAAGACCAAAAAUGUCUUGAAGUAACGGUUGACGAGAAGAAGGGGCUGACCAUGGACAACAAUACGAGGACAUGGACAUAUAUCAAGCCCCUGUAUGCUUCGCUGGGACCCAAGCAGACGAAAUGUAUCGUUACGGAAAAUCUGGAGAGCCUUGAUUUUGAGAAAUCCAUCACGCUGGUCCUAUCGACGCGGACUCCCGAAGUCCCCUCAGGCACUCUCUUCACAGUCAAAACCAGGUAUUGUUUUACGUGGGCGGAGAACAACGCAACGAGGAUUCAGGUCAACUACACGACGGAGUGGACCGGCAAGAGCUGGAUCAAAGGCCCGAUUGAGAAGAACGUGAAUGAUGGCCAGGCCAAAUUCUGCGAGGAGCUGUUCGCGUCGGCGAAAGCAGCGGUAACGACUAGAGGUCGGUCCAAUACGCUCACGAAUGGCAAGGGUAAAAAGAAGGGCAAGAAGGGCCGGGCCAGCCUGACAGCCAAUGAAGGCUCGGAUGUUUCAGCCAAGAAGAUUGAGGCAUCCAAGACCAGCUGGGGGCCGUUGGAACCUAUUCGUGGAAUACUCGAGCCAAUAUUGGAUAUUCUUAAGCCGAUCCUGACGGGCAACGUCAUGUACGGACUUCUCGUGGGACUGCUCGUUGCGUCUUGGUUUGGAUUCGGUUUCUCACCGAGUAAGCCGGCGGGCGGAUUCGGUGGAGGUGCAGGCGGGCGAGGCGAGCUGAUGGACAUGUACGGUCCCUUCAGGCUGGCAGCGUACGAGGAGAUGUGGCGGAGAGAGGAAAGCGAACUAUGGGAGUGGCUCGAGGAGCGGACAGGUCUGGGACAAGUGGACUCGGACAGCCACGGCGUCAGGAAACGCGCACUUGAGCCGCGUACGAUGCAGGAGAGGAUACGCGAGUCACGAAUGGACGCUCGUGAGGUGGAGGAGGCGAUUCGUGUGACGGAAGAGAAGCUAAAGGUGCUACGCCAGGUCAUUGCCAACAGUCCUAAGCAGGACAAGGCGAGCGAGGCGAUCUAG